UAAUAAUGAUACGGUUUUCAAUUCACUUCACUUUCCAGAACGAACCAACUGCCAGCUAUGGCUUCUGCUACGUCUUUCUUUGCACUCUCUCCAACUUACUCUCUCAAACACCAAAACGCAAACUCUAACCGUCGUUUAUCCUUCUUCUCGCUUUCACCUUCAACGACGCGUCGUUUUGUCCCCGCCACUAUCUCUUGCAACCUCUCUAACAACCAUAAUUACGUCGACGACCGCAACCACAACAACAACAACAACACUGAACGACCCCAAUCUAACGCAAUUCAAGUUUACACCCAAAUUGAAAGGUUGGUUACGGAUUCUGUUAGACAAUCACAGGAUGCCUGGUGGGGUUCCAGAGAUUGGAGUGAAUUGGAGGGAGCAUGGAUUAUCAAACCCAAAAGUUCCAAACCGAAGUUUGUUGCACAUUUUAUUGGAGGUAUAUUUGUUGGAGCUGCGCCUCAACUUGCCUAUCGGUGGUUUCUUGAGCGUCUCUCAGAAAAGGGUGUAGUGAUCAUUGCAACACCAUAUGCUAGUGGGUUUGAUCACUUCCUGAUUGCAGAUGAAGUACAGUUCAAAUUUGAUAGGUGCUGCCGUGCGUUGCAAGAAACAAUCCAAGAUCUUCCCAUUUUCGGUGUUGGCCAUUCUUUGGGAUCAGUUGUCCACCUUUUGAUAGGAUCAAGGUAUGCGGUGCAAAGAAGUGGAAAUGUUCUGAUGGCAUUCAACAACAAGGAAGCAAGUUCAGCUGUCCCUUUGUUCUCUCCAGUUAUUGUCCCAAUGGCUCAAAGCAUUGGUCCACUCCUAUCAGAUAUUUUUGCUUCACCAACUCUACGUGCAGGGGCAGAGAUGACUCUGAAACAAUUCGAAAAUGUUAGUCCCCCCAUUAUGAAACAGGUUCUUCCUUUAGUUGAGCAGCUCCCCCCCUUGUACAUGGAUUUGGUCAAAGGAAGAGAAGAUUUUAUACCAAGGCCUGAGGAAACACGUCGACUUAUAAAAUCAUACUAUGGCAUAUCCAGGAAUCUUCUGAUAAAAUUCAAGGAUGAUUUAAUAGAUGAAACCCCAACUCUAGCACAGGUGCUUAGUUCAGAAGCAGCAAUUAGCUCAGUGCUAGACAUGUCAAUUCGCAAGCUGCCUGGAGAUCAUGGUCUUCCAUUGCAGCAGGCCUUACCAGAUGUUCCACCAGCAAUGGCCGAUGCCGUUAAUCGCGGAAGUGAGAUUUUGUCAAAUCUUGCGGUAGGAACACCAUGGGAGACAGUUGCCAAAGAAGUAGGGAACACUUUUGGUAUCGACUCACAAGUCCUCCGUGCAGAAGUAUCGAAGGACAUGGAUCAGCUUGUGGAUGUGAUAUCUUCUUGGAUGGCCUCCAACGCAGGUCCUAAAGUCUUGAGGCCGUAGGGUGCGAGUUAAUACUUGCGCACCCUUUAAGUUUCAGUUUCUGUGUAGAAAUGUAUAGAAAAAUCAAAGUUGGCAUAAAUAGUGUAAUACCAAUCUUGUGAAUCAGUGAAUCCUUACAGGUAAGUGAUUAGAAGUUUAGAACUUUGUCUAUCAUUAGGUGAUGUAAAAAUGUGAUAUAUGUUGUGACAGAAAAAUUGAUAUGGAAAAUAAAAUUUGAGUAUUGGAAGACA